GGCUACUAAGAAAUAAGUUAGAUAAACCUUUACUGUCCUAUACAAUUUUUGUAACUAUUCAGCAUUGUUUAAGUAAUUGUUGCUAAUAAAACAAAGUAAACUAAAAAAUAAAACAUCAUCUACAACCGCCAUGUAUAAAAGUAUAUCCACCGCUCACAAUUACGACGCGCAAAUGGGAAAAGAAAUCUUCAAAUGUUUUGAAAAAAACAUGGACAUAUUUACUGACUUUACAGUCAACGUUGGCGACUUCCAGUUCAGUUGUCACAGGUUUGUCUUAAGUUCCUGCUCUGGUUUCUUUGAGGCUCUCUUGAGGACAGAUAUGAGAGAAAAAUAUGAAUCAAGCUGUACCAUAGAAGGCAUCUCUCCAGAAAUAUUUGGUCUUAUACUAGAUGUUAUUUACAAAGGAACUGAUGUUUUAGAUGAAGAAAACAUGGUUGAAAUGUGGCAUGCAUCAAAUCAACUGCAGAUUGAAUUUUUAGUUUCGUCUUGUCAGAAAUUCGUAAAUGAAAACAUAACGUUGCAAAACUACUGGAGCAUUUAUGAAGCAGCAAAGCUUUUAAAUUCGUUUGGUGUAUUAACCAAAGUAAAAAAGUUAAUCGUGAACAAUUAUCCAAAUGUUGUAGGAUCCGACGACUUCAUGGAAAUUCCUUUCGAAGAGUUCAAAGACCUUUUAAAACACUUUCGUAUUGUCGGAGAUUUUGUCGUAAAUUCAGUUUUAAAAUGGGCGUAUUCGGAUGACUCGUACCUCACACCUGAGCCAGAAAAAUGUAUCGGUUUAUUGCGUGUGGACAUUGGACUUCAUAAUGCACUUUGUAAGAAGGUGGACGUUGGAACAGAAGAAGAUGAGAAAAUGUCACUUCGUAGGUUGUACCUUGGUCAGCUGUUUUCAGCUAUUUCACUCAAAGACAUCAGCACCGCGUGCCUGUCCAACCUUUUGAACAACACAUUUGUAAUAGACAAUAAAGACGCCAUCACACUGGUGAACAAACAGGCCGCUUCCAGGCUAGAAUUCACAAAACCUGCUCUGUUUAAAAAUUACAGAACAGCCACUGCCAUCAAGACACCUCCCCCACCGGCGAGGAAAGUUUCUGCGAACAAAGAAAACCCGGUGAAUCGUGUCUCGCUAUACUUUGACAUUCCUCUUAAGUUUCAAUAUAUUUUAAUUCUUUUAUUCGCAGCCUUCUUGUUUACCCUUUUGUUAUUCUCAGGUUGUUAACAAAAAAAAGUAACCCUAGUACUAAGUACUAGUACAUUGUAUUAUUUUUUUUUAAAUAUUGAAUGUCUCGAUACUGUAGCAAACAUCAACAAGGGCCAACAAAAUUUCUUUGCCUCACCAAAGUUUUGAAUUAGACUUCAUUCUACUUAAAAAUCAUUCGAUUGGAUAAAAUGCUUUAAUUGAUUGAAAAAAAUCUUGAUGGUUUAAUAUAUAGAUUUUCAAUGCUUGAUUAUGUAUAUACAGGCUUGGUAAAGUCUGAUUCCGUCACUUGUGAGUGUUGAUAAAUGGCUCCGCUUAGAGCUACCGCCACAUAAACAAUUAACACAAUUAAUAAUGAUUGUCAUGCUGUCCUUCGUUCUUUACCUGGACACACGAAGUAAAUGUGCAUGCAGAAAUUAUAUGUUUAAUUUCAACACAUUUCAGCUCUAUGCG